AUGACGACAUUGUCGAAUACCUCUGAUUAUGAUGAGAAUGAACAUGACAUAGUAGCUGAAUAUGAAAAUCAAGAGUCUGAUGGAGAUCAAAAUAAUACACAGAAAAAUUCAGACUCAGAAAAUGAUCAAAAUAAAGGAGAAAAUAUUGUAAGAAGAAUUGAUCCAUCAACAUCAUCUAAGAAACAUAUAAUAAGAAAUCCUUUACCUAAAUUAAAUACAGAACGUUUAAAGGGCCCUAAAGGAAUUCAUACUAUUGAAAAAUAUUUUGAAGGCUUUAAGUUUCAUGGACAAAGAUAUGAAAAGUUAGACUUAGAUCGAAUUAUGAAAAGAUUGGAACAUUGGGGGCACAGAUUAUUUCCAAAAUUGGACUUUGAUGAUUUUCUUGAGAAAUUAGAGAAGUUGGGCACUAAAAAGGAUCUUCAAGUGUUCAUAAAAAAAUAUAGACAAGACAUGAUUGAUGAAGAUACUGAUAUUAUUCAUCAAGAUAUAGAUGCAGAAGAAAAUGAAGAACAAGAUGAACCUAUUGAUGAAUUUGACUUAUUAAUUGCAGAACAAAUAGAAAAGCAAAAACAAGUUAUGCAACAAUCAACAAUUGAUGAAUCAAUUACUAGUAAUGAUACAUUUGAUAAAUUAUUAUCACAGUCUAAUACCAUAAAUUCUCAAUCUACAACUAAUACUUCUGCUUCUUCGCAAUUAAGCAAUGAAAUAAAAGAGCGUAUAGAAAGAAAUAAACAGCAAGCUAUUCAAAGAAGACAAGCAAGACUUAAAGAAAUACAAGAAGAUGCUAAAAGAAAGAAACUUAGGGAAGAAUCAGAAAAUAAUAAAAUUUUAUGUUUGGAGAAUAAAGAAUUUGAAAAUAAUUCACAAGAAACAGAUACAAGUCAUGAAACUUAG